ACUCAAUCAUGCACAAAUCCAACUCACCGCAACGAUGGAGAUCCCUUCGCCGCCGCCGGAUCAGCUGAUUUUCGUCCACCGCGAGCCCAGCGGCGUCGCUUUCGUGCUCAUCAACCGCCCCAAGGCCCUCAAUUCACUCACCCGCCCCAUGAUCGAAGACAUGGCCCGCGCGAUCAGGAGCUUGGCCUCGGACGAUUCGGUCCGGGUCAUCGUCCUGUCCGGGUCGGGUCGGGCCUUCUGCUCCGGCGUCGACCUGACGGCGGCGGAGGACGUGUUCAAGGGAGAUGUGAAGGAUGUUGAUGUUGAUCCGGUUGUGCAAAUGGAGCUGUGUAAGAAGCCGAUCAUCGGAGCGAUUAACGGUUUUGCGGUCACGGCGGGUUUUGAGAUUGCGCUGGCUUGUGAUUUGCUGGUGGCGUCCAAGGAGGCGAAGUUCAUGGAUACUCAUGCGAGGUUUGGAAUAUUUCCUUCUUGGGGUCUAUCUCAGAAGCUUUCACGCAUAAUUGGACCCAGUCGAGCUCGGGAAGUCUCCUUCACUGCAGCGCCUGUAACAGCUGAGCAAGCUGAAAGGUGGGGUUUGGUUAAUCAUGUGGUUGAGGGACGCGAGCUUCUGAAGAAAGCUCGACAGAUUGCUGAAGCCAUGAUCAGGAAUGAUCGGGACCUUGUGCAGAUGUACAAAGCAGUCAUAAAUGAUGGAUUCAAACUAGAUCUUGAGCAUGGACUUGCUUUGGAGAAGGAAAGGGGUCAUGCAUAUUAUGCAGGAAUGACUAAGGAGCAGUUCAAGAAAAUGCAGGAAUUCAUAGCAAGUCGAAGCUCAAAUAAACCUCCUUCAAAACUGUAAUUUCUUUUUCUUUUCAGUUCUUGUUCAAAGAAAACUAUGCAUUGUGUAUUUGUUGUAAGGUUAUGACACUUUGCUUAUAUAAUAAUCUUGUGCAAAUUAACUUCA